CAAAAGGCGGGACCCGGACCCUUCCCCUUCCACUGUAUCGCCCCAAGGUCAACCUUCACCCUGCGGCGCCGACGAUCAUUUAUUCAUUAUCUGGUCGCAUUUCGCCGGCGGAUGGUUUCUGAGGUUACAUUGCGCUGAUCUAGGAAAAAUCCUGCACCAUUUGAUCUACCGCCAGGGCGGUGGGAGCGGAUAGAUGCAGUAGGUGCCUCGGCAAUUAUAUAUAAGACAUAGUGGUUGAAUUUGUUAAAGUGCAUUGCAACUGUGUGUAGCCUGGGUUGCAAUCUCUUACUUGCAUUACGCACGAUGGUAAAGUUAUAUAAUCGGUGAAUAAAUUAUCUCAGGGGAGACGCGCUGGUGUGCGAUGGUGUUGGGGCGUGCGUCCACAAUCUCUCCCCAUCUGAACGGCAGCCUGGUUGUAGGCACAACGGUGAGAACGGAGGAUGGUGGACCCUGCCGGGAACGGGGCCGGCCAGGCGCCGGCGGACGGAGCUGUGGGAGGCGGGGAGCCGGUGACCGGGGGUGGCUUGGACGCGGCGGCGGUGCUGAGGCAGGAGUCGCCGCUGUUGCACCUGGAUCUGGACAACUUCAACAGUGCUGAAGCCGAGGGCAGCCGCUAUGUGCUGACCAGCCCCCGGUCGCUGGAGGCGUGUGCGAGGUGCGGGGUGAAGCCGGUGGAGCUGCUGCACAAAUCGGUCAACGAGUUCGCCAAGGAAGCGCCGGCCAGGUCGAUGAGGGUGGCGGCCGGCCUCUACGAGGUGUACGAGAAGGAGAGGCGCAGGAAGCUGAGGGACUGCAGGGAGGAACGGGAAAGGAUUAUCAGACUGGAGAGGAGGAGGAAAUGUGGACCGGCCAGGAACAGCUUGCCGUCAUCUCCGGCCCCCAUGACUAAAAAGACACCUGCAUUGGAUAUGAGCAGGUGCAAGAGCUACUCAAUGGAGUCUUUGCAGAAGAAGAAGGAUGCCAGCUCCAAUGCAACCUCCUCCGACUCUGGGGCAUCUUCCUCCUUCAGUGGAGACACCUGUAAGGGCAGGAGCCGUUGGCUGAAGGAAAGCCCCAGAGGAAGAGAGCUGACUGGGAUACCAUCUGCCAUCGGGAAGAGCCUCAGCCUUGGCGACCUGUCCCAGUCGCCGCAGACGGCCAAGAAGGUGGCCAAGCUGGCGAAGGAGGUGAAGAGGGGUGGACAUGGAGAAGUGUCGGAGAGGGACAGGAAGAUAGCUGCUCUCAUGCUGGCCAGGCACCAGGAGGAGGCGCUGAUGAGCAGCCAGAGCUACCGGGCUCACGUGGAGUGGGAGACGCACAGGAUGAGGGAGGCCACGCGGAGGGAGGUCGAGGAGAGGGAGAGGCAGCGGGCCCUGCUGCAGUGCCGCAAGAUGUGGGAGUCCAGGCUGGAGGCGCGCAGAGCCAAGAUGAGCCAGGAGCAGAAGGAGGUAGCCCUGCUGAAGGAGCACCAGUCCAUGCUGCAGGAGGAGAAGUGGAAGUUGCUGGCAGACAGCCAGGAGCAACAGCGGAGAGGCAGGCUAGAGAAUGCCAAGCUGGAGGCUCAGGAGAGGAAGAUGCACCAGCAAGAGCAGCUCAGGACCAAGGAGGUGGAGGUGAAGAUGGACCUUGAGUUCAAAGACCAGCUGCUUCACCAGAAGUUAACCCUGGCCAAGCAGAAGAAGGCCGAGAGGGAGGAGAAGUUGCUGCGCGAGAGGAAGCUGGCCAACAUGGUGGAGAAACUGAAGCAUGAGGCGGCCUUGAAGGAGAUCACCAAGGAGAUGGAAAUGGAGAGGAAGAUGCUGAAGAAGUCCCUGGAGCGAAAGCUGGCCAAGUCUCAGGAAAACUACGAGCAGCUGAUGGAAAAGAGGAACCGGGAGCUGAAGGAGAGGGCCAGCCGGGAGGAACUGCAGAUGCAACGGGCACGGAUAGCGUUGGAACAGCACGAGAAGGAGCACAGGGAGCACCUGAAGAGCCUGGCCCGAGCCACGGAGAGGAAACUGCAGCACGCCACGCAGGUGGCUCAGGAGAAGAUCAACCAGAUAUCUCGCAAGGCUGUGCAAAGCAGGACAGAGAAGGAGAGAAUCCACAGACUGAACAAGCUGAAGGUGGAGGAGGACGAGGAGUACAAGAGGAGGGAAAUACAGCAUUCAAUAGCCAAGAAGUCGGAGAAAAGCGAGAGGAUCUUCAGAGAGAGACAGAUUGCGCUGGAGAACUCUCGCUCGCUGGCCAGAGCCUCCUUUCAAAUCCGGGAUAAGGUGCGGGUGGAAAUAAACACAAGGACCUUUGACAAGAUGGCACUGGAAGCAGAACUACAUGCCCACCUGGACAGAAAGUAGGCUGGGCACGUCCCCCUUGUGGACUCUUGAGAACUAAUCCAAUCAAUGCCUUUUUUUUAAAAAACUGCUUAUAUUCCAGGAGAUCCAUUGAGCUGUGUGGUGUACGUAGUGCAUAAUGUUUGAUGUUGUACAGAGCACAACAGAAUUUGAUUAAUUGAGUAAAUGGUUGCUUUAAUUAACACUUUCCUUUAACAGGUCGUAACUGAUUCAACAUUUUCUUGGUAACUUUGGCAAGUGCAGAUAAACUUGUGUUCUUUUCAAGGGCAAUAACCAUUGUAUCAGACUUUUAAGUAUGGAAGGGAUUUUUGUUAUUGUACACAAUAUGGACAAGAUCCCUUCUGAAAGGACCAACUUACACAGCAUGGCUGCUGUAAAUCUUUUUUAGAUCCAUAACUACUGCUUAAACACUGGAUUGUCAUUAUCUUCGGCAUUAACUGUUUCAUUCAUACUCCAGAGAUGCAGGAGAAUCCUUAACCAAUCUGUUUACAUCGAUUUUGAUCGAGCAAAACUGCAGAUGGAGCGUGACUUGCUUCUGCUCUGGUGAGGUGUCCGGUGAGGCAGUGCGAGCUGUAGACUCUCCCACAGACGGGGCAGAAAUUGCCUUGUGGAGCGGGUGGAUAGUUGAUGGGGUGACCCGCCCCCACCGCUCUACGUGUGGGGUUUCCUUGUGCUGCUGACCAAUGGUCUCGAGGCUCUCAAUACCCUCCCAAAUGCCCCCUCCAUCAGAGGUUUCCACAGGGUAGGUGAUGAUGCUGCUUUUCUCCAUGGAGGCUUUCCUUACCUCCUGUGCUAUAUCUGCACGUUGCAUGCAUUGGAAUACUGCUCCCCCAAGACCUCAAAGGAAACUGGUGCUGGCUCCUUGCAUAAUGCUGAUUUCAGUUGUGUCUUUGUGCUUCAAAUACUUUCUCGGCUGUAUAUUUUCUCUGAGUUUAUUUGAAAGUUAGAAAAAUAAUUGUGGUGGGAGAAGAGCAGGCUAAGCCAGACCUCCUGGUGGGAGGAGGCUGACAUUGAAUCCCUCGAGAUCACAGUGUGUCCAGUCCACUUUCUGUGGGUGUGCUGAUGUGUCUGUGCUGCUGUGGCUUGCCUUCUGCAGCUGAAAGAUUUGCUCGGUGUCUGAGGGAGUGAUUGUUCAGGCCUGCCACAGGAGGUACUAAAGCUGUCCUUUGGUUCUGCUUUGUUAAUUCCUUCAAGCUUACAUUGUGUGCUCACCUCUGCGCCAAAUGGGACUUUUGUUGUGGAAGUUACAGUGUAAUGGACUGGUGCAGUUAAAAAAAAUGCUGUUUUAGGAUUGUAUUAAA